AUGGCACAUCUUUUUAUUUCGUCCGAUUCCAAUUAUGAUAUUGAUAUCCAGCGUAAAGAUUUAAGUGAUUUAAAAUUGAUUGAUAGUGGAGGAUUUGGAACGGUCUUUAAGGGAAUAUGGAAUAAAGGAAAAGAGAAUGAACAAGAAGUAGCAAUAAAAUAUCUUAUUCGUAAAGAUACACUACAAGUGAAAAAAGAUUUUAUUCGAGAGCAUUCGAAAAAUGUUCUGGUUCACAACGGCAAGGCACUUUUGGGUGAUUUUGGUUUAUCAAAAUAUCUUCUUGAAGAAAAUGAUGGGCACAUAUCAGAAAGAGAAAAGUCUGAAAAUGGAACACCUUUAGAUUACAAAAAAAUCUAUGAAAAGUGUUGGUCUGCAAUUCCUUCACUAAGACCUGAGAUUCCUGAAAUAUUGAAUUGUCUUAAUAUCCUUAAAUCAAGCCCCACUUAUCAGGGAGAUAACGUCUCGAUGACAUUUACAGAAUCAUACUGUGAUUCCAAUUGUUCGUCUGCACAAAGUUUUGAUGAAUCAUUUGACCAAAUAAUUAUAGAAAACUGGGAUAACAGCUACACAUCAUGUCCGAAAACACCCUUGGAAGAAUAUGUUAAUUUCAGUGCAUUGUUACAAUGUAUCAAGGAAGCUUACAAACUUUUUGAAGAGAUUAAAGUGUCUUAUAAAAAUGCGCAGCUUAACACAAGAAUCUGUGGAGUAUUAAAUCGAUGCAUUAACUCAGCUGAAUAUAAUUUAAAAAAUCUUGAAGAAGAAAGAAGCAAUCAUGCUACUUUUGCAACAUCAGAGAACUAUAGAUUAUUUCAAAUAUUUCUUCAAAAUAUUAGAAAGAUUAAGGAUUUUAUUAAAGCUGUUUCUAAUAUUAGAGGAUUAAAAAAUCGUGCGCAAAAGACUCAUUCAGGAUUCUCACUAGAAUUGAUAAAAAUUGAAUUUGAACAGUUAUUAGAUGAAUUCAAUGAAUCCAUGUCAUCCAUCAAGUUUGAAUCUUAUAUUGAUAAAGAAGCUAAAAAUGCAGUUAAUGGUGAUAUUGAGGAAACAACAAAGUUUCUUCGUGAUAUUCAACUUAAUUUUAAAGGGAAUGAUAAUAAUAUAUUUAAUAUCAUUGAAUUGACAAGUACACGACUUGUUACUAAACGGAAAUUUUCUGAUGCAGAGUUUCUUGAAAAUUCCAUUCAAAAAGUUGACAAUCUUAAUGUUGUAAAAUUAAAACGCUAUAAUUCAAAUCAAAAAGGCCUAUUGUGUAUACAUGCAGCACUUUUAAAAAAUUUGGGAAAUUUAGUAAACAUAAUUAAGUUUUACGGAAUUUUACAAGAUGAUUCUUCAUCAGAUUCAAUAUUUUUAGUUACGGAAAUAUCGGAACAUGGUAAUUUAAAAGAAUAUUAUACAAAUCAUAAACAUUUAGAUCUUUCAGUCAAAUUAAAAUUUGCAUUAGACAUAUGUAUUGCAUUAGUCUUUUUAAAUGCUGUGAACUUUUUACAUCGUGAUCUUAGAUCUGAAAAUAUUCUAAUUACAACUAGUCUUAAUGCUAAAAUUACAAACUUUUAUCAUGGUCGAUUAAAUUCUGAUGAUACAAACGAUCUUGAAAUUAAUAUUGAUAGAAUCAAAAGUACACCACCUGAAAUAUUAAAACGAAAACAUCACUCUGUUCGCAAUUAUGAUUCUAAAAGUGAAAUUUAUAGUUGCAUGCCACAGAAAUAUAUAGACAUUAUGAUGCGAGCUCUUGAAUUUGAACCAAAUAACCGUCCCACUAUCUGUGACAUAUUUAAAGUUUUACAUGAUGUAGUAAAUAACCCAAGGAUUUCUCAAAGGUCAGGUAUGAGAUCUCUUAAAAGGGGUAUGUCUCAAUCAAGCUUCUCAUCAAUAGACAAUGCAGUAAAUGAAGCAAAAAAGGAAAAUAAAAAUAAGCAAAAAGCACUCGAUUACAUUGACAAGUUUGCGGAUCUUGGUAAUCCUAAAGCAAUUUAUUAUAAAGGCCAUUUUUUACAACAAAAGCUUCAUGGUAAAUAUAAAAUUUCUGCACCCAAUGAAUACAAGAGGAUUCAAGAAGAAGUUGCCCGUCUUUUUGAGAGUGCAUCAAAUAAAAAUUUUACAAUCGCACAUACGAAAUACGGAGAUUGUCUUUUUAAUGGUUAUGGGGUUGUAAAAAAUCAAGCACACGCUAUAGGACUUUAUAAAAAAGCCGCUAAUGAUGAUAAUGCUUAUGCAAAGUAUCGUUUAGGCAUUAUAUAUUAUGAAGGUUUAGCAGGGGUAGAAGACAAAGAAGAAGGAGCGCAUUAUUUAAAACUUGCAGCUUGUGAAAAUUAUAAAAAAGCUAUUGAUGCUUGCAAAAAAUAUAAUAUCACCUAUUAG